GGCAGGUCUACUGGGAGCGCGAGGAGGCAGGACAAUUUCGGCCGGGGAAUGAUGGCGCUGAGCUGGGCGAAGAAGUCGCAACUUUGACUCGGUUAAACGGCGAAAUCGUGGGCGAUCUUUCGGCGCCUCACGCCAUGAUCCGAAUCGGAGAUGCCCUCGCUGUGUGCGUUUAGUCGUAAAAAGCGGACCCAUGGCACUGCCUGUGCUGAGGUGAAGAGGGAUUAAUUCAUCGCCAAGUAUCUUUUGAAUUUAAAGUCAGCAGGAAAGAAAAACACGGCAACAUGAUUCAAGCCGAAAGUAAAGGAAGUGAGAGGACCCUGAGGAGCGCCUCCCCCCACAGAAAUGCAUACAAGUCUGACUUCCAUGCUAUCAAAUGCUCCUUUGAUGGCUCCAAAUCAGAAGGUGCUGCAAAGUCGUAUGCAAAUGGCUCCAGCGACGCCCGCGAGGACUCCCGGGGACGGCCUUUCGGUACCAGGGUUAACAAGAUCAAGAACAUUUUCCUACAGAUGGACGGCCAGCAGCAAGAGGAGCAGCCGCCGCAAGACGUGAAAGCAACUUUAAAGUCUGAUGCUGCCCAGGUGACUCCACCAAAGCCACAAAUUCCACUCAGCUCACAGAGAGUUAACUUCAACAGCUUGACAAGCCCAGAUUCCCUCAAUUUAGAUAAAACUCCCAAAGGGGAUGAUGUGGAGAUUGACAAAGUGGCUUUGGCAGAAAAGUUUUCCGUGACCAGGAAGAUAUUCGAGAGGGGCAUCGCCGAGCAGCCCGCUGUUGACAAGCAUUCGCCAAACAGAUUAGUCAACCGUCUAUCUCUCGGAAGUGCAUCUGAUGAGGGCAAAACUGCACGGAGGGCAUCGGGAUCUUCAGAGACUUUCAAAUUGGAGCAAACAUCUCCAACGGGCGUUAAAUGUCGACCGGAUGUUGAGAAUGAAAAAAAGAACAUGCCCAGAGUGUCAAAACGGUUGGAGAAUUUUAUGGAUGGGAAUGACUCAGAGGAUAACAACAAAGCUGCUGCCAAAGGAGGGACGAUGACUGCUAAAUUAGACAGUAUGACUGAACACUCAAUCCAGACUUCUCCAACAAGGGGCAGCUUACACAAAGCCACUUCUGUUAAGGAGGCCGUGAAUGUUGAUGCUGCUAAAAAAUUAAAAGCAACAUGCGUCACAAACAAAACGUCAAGUAAAUCCACACUCCCAGUUAGUAACACGGCUUCCAAAUCAAUUUCCACCACAACUGACGGCAUUCCCAAACCAGAACCGACAAGCCCGCUUGGCCAUGGCUACAAGCGACAGUCCGGGGAUGGAUUGGGUCAGACAUCUGUUGUCGGGGAUAAAAGCAAACCCCCAAGUGAUGUGAGGCAGCAAACGUCUGCCUUUGAAAACACCUACGCAACCACAUCUAUUGAAAAGGCCAAAAGUAACAACAGUGUGGUGAAAAGUCCAACCAAGGAAAAUACCUCGACAAUUGCCUCCAAAGGGGUCGGCGUGGUCCGGGCAGAGCUUGUCGUGGUUCAGAAUGAAUCUUCUGGCAGCGAGGACAAUGAAGAUGAGGAUGUUGAAGACGACGUGUUUGUUUCGCAAAAAAACAAAAGGCCAUCAGAAGUUGAGACUAAUAAAUGUCAACCGGGAAAACUGAAGACUAAAGACUCUGUCUUGGAUGGUAACAUACAAGGGUUUAAAGAUGAACAUGAUGAGAGAGAGCUCGAGGAACAGGGUGACAAGACCGUCGUAAAUGGAGCCCCGGUUUAUGGUAUCGAGAAUGCGGCCUUUGUGGAUGACAAGGAUGUAGACCAGGUCCUACUGGACGAUGAGGAGCAGGAAGAAGAAGACCAGGAGGAGGAGAUUUACACAGAGUAUGAUGACUAUUAUGAGGCCCCGGGAUUGUCAGACGAAGAGACACCUCCACCUAAGAGGAAAAUCCAGUUUUCCGCAGAUCCCAUUCUGGUCUUCAGUACCUUCUCUAACGAGGAGUAUGAUCGACGCAAUGAUGACGUGGACCCCGUUUCUGCAUCUGCUGAAUAUGAGCUGGAGAAAAGAGUGGAGAAGAUGGACGUAUUCCCGGUGGAAAUUGAGAAAGGGGACAAUGGCCUCGGCAUCAGCAUCAUUGGAAUGGGAGUGGGAGCUGACCAGGGACUGGAGAAACUUGGCAUUUUUGUCAAAACCAUAACAGAGCACGGAGCAGCUGAAAAAGAUGGCCGCAUUGAGGUAAAUGACCAGAUAGUGGAGGUGGAUGGCGUCAGUCUGGUGGGUGUCACCCAACUCUUUGCAGCAACUGUUCUCAAGAACACCAAAGGCACCGUGAGUUUUCUGAUUGGUCGGGAAAAGCCGGGGACACAGAGCGAGGUAGCCCGCCUCAUCAGCGAGACGCUGGAACAGGAGAGGAACCAGCAUCACCAAGAACAGAGGCAGCAUCACCACCACCUGGAUGAUCCCUAUGAACACUCCACAGAGGAGGAGGAGCGCUUCGAGGAUGACGACGACGCAGUGAAUGAGAGGAUUCUUGGCUCCAAUUUUUCUCCGGGGCGGAAAGUCGAGGUGUUUGAGUUGCCCGACUCGGAGGCUCUGUUUAUGCCGACUAAUAUGGACAGCUCUCAGAUGGCCUUCAAAUUUAAAGAGCUGCAACUCAAACACAGUGUUGCAUCAGCAGAAAUUAAUCAACUGAAGGAAAAGCUUCGGGAAUCCGAGGAGGACAGAUCACUGUGGGAAGCCAGAAAAUCUGCACUAGAGCAAAAGUUUGAAGAUAGCAAUGAAAAAAUCCUCAAAUUGGAGAGUUAUUGGCUGGAAACCCAGGCUCUGUGCAAGACAAUAAAUGAACAGUUAGCAGAAACCCAAGCCCAGUAUGAGACCUUGGACAAGAAAUACAACAAGGCAAAGAAACUUCUAAAAGACUACCAGCAAAAAGAGAUUGACUUUGUGAAGAAAGAGGAAGAGCUGAAGAAGACUAUAGAUGAAAACGAAAGGAUGUACAAAGAACAGCUGGAGAGCUUGCGGAAUAGGAUAGCUGUCCUGGAAUCUGGUGUGGAUCUACAGAACAUGGCAGAAAAUCACCUUUGCUCCCAAAAGUCAGUGGACUCACUUGCAGAGGAAGACUGGAAGGAGCUUGUGCCUGAGACGGAGCUGUUGGACACCAGUGCACACAAAGCAAAAGGCCUGUUGGGCCAGAAGGCCAAACGGCAGCGUCCCUCUCGCAACAAACUGAAGGAGACUCUCGCGCUGUCCCCGAGCCACUCGCAGGAAACUGAGGAGGAGGAUGAGCGGGAGGAACGGGAACCUCAGAGAAGGAGCUCCUUCCAGGAGAGCCUGUCCCUCCCAGUACCAGUCUUCUAUCCCGAGAACGAACAAAAAGACGAUGCGGCCGAAACAAAAGAGGAGCUGGCGAGCAAGACGGAGCUCUCCAAAAGCCCGUCUUUAUCGCCGUCACAGGGUGGCAGUAUUGAAAGCGGCGGAGGCCAGUCUUUGCUAGCUCUCAAUGACUCCUCAAUCAUAGCAUCCCCUUCGGGAUUGACGCACAAUGUCAAAAAGAAGGAAUCCAAAGUCAAGGAAAAAGUGCUCAAAGAUGAAAUAAUUGAACCCACAUCAGCUACAAAACCUAAAAGACGCUUUCCCGACUUUGGGGGCCUGCGCAAGUCGGGCGGCAAAGGAAGAAAACACGACAAGGAGGCCAUGAGAAUGUCUUUGGACAGCAGGGGCUCCGCAGAAUUACUGGAAGACUCUGGCGGUAACCUGUCCCCAGCUGAAUCCAUGACCUCCAUCCCAACCUGUAUGCCCUUCUCUUGGUUUGGAGACAAAGAGAAGGAGCGAGACAGGGAGCCGUCUUCCUCCAGCAGCAGCCUGCCCUACGCCGAGAGCAACAGUGAGCCAAGCCAGGAUCGCAAGAACAAGACAAAUCUCUCCUGGUCGUCUUUAUUCAGUCGCUCGUUAGAUUUGAGUUUGUCAGUCAUAGAUGAUUGUAACCCCGCCAGUCCCAGUUCAGACCUCUCUGGGUUAGUCGCUGAACCCAAUCUGUCUGGGCGCUCACACACUUUAAUCUUCUCUUCCAGCGAGAGUCUAGAUGAUGAGCCAGUGGCCACGGGAAAAGAAUACCAGUGGCAGAACCGUCCCAUCUGUGACUGGACCAAUCAACAGGUGUGUCACUGGUUAAUGGGCAUGAACAUGGACCAGUACACGGUGGAAUUCACUGCCAAGGGAGUCGACGGGCAGCAGCUACUGCAGCUGGACAGUGACAAGUUGAAGGUGCUGGGUGUGUCCAGUCAGAGCGACCGAUCCACCAUCAAGAAAAAGCUGAAGGAAAUGCGCAAGGCCCAGGAGAAGCUGGAGAAGCAACGGGAGAAACGAGAGAAGGAGAAACGAGAGAAGGAGAACCGCCGUAGCGGACGGCUGCCGAUCAAUACCGACUCUGUCUGCUGAACUGAUCCAGGUAGCUCCCAAAAAGACAUUGGCAAUGUUUCAUGUUGUCGUCUCACACCGUUAAGUGCCCACGCUGAGCAGACAAAGGUGCCACUUGUGAUUUGAUUUUUUUUUUUCAUAUUUCAGUGGCUGAUCUUCCUGCAGAAACACUCAAAAUCAUUUGGUUUUUGUUUGUUUUGUAAACCUCAUUGUGUGUGUGUGGUCUGAAGGCCUACAUUUUUUUUUACCACUAUAAAGUUACGAGUGAUAAUUACAAAGUAUGUUUUCAGAUAUGAUAUUCACGUUUUUUUAUGGAGAAUGUGCACCAUUAUGAAAACAUGAUAUUUUUGCUAGUAUGUAUAACAUUGAUGUUUUAUGUACAACACUUUUGUAUUGUACAGUGAAGUCAAAAGCACUAUUUUGUCUUUUAAGCUUCCAUGAAUUACAAAGGUUUCAAUGUAUAAAAACAAAAUACCUUUCAUACAUGUGCCAAUAUCUGCAUUACUUUUUCAUUGAAAUAUAGUUGUUGAUUUCACAGUAUCUCUUUUCUACUAAGUAGAAUAGUUAGGCCAGACAAACAAGUCAAGGAUCAUGCGAUCUCUGCUUGUUCUGUCCCUCGAUGUGUAAAUGUUGAGUUGGACUCAUGAUGGUCCAUGGAAAAAAAAAUAGGAAAAUAAAAUGCGAUCAAGGUCCGCUGGACGGUAAAUAUGUGCCUCUGAUAAGGACUUUAGGAAUAAUGACUGUUCACAGCCAAGCCCAGGCACUCUUCUUAAUUCAUUUUUACACAAAACAGCAAGAAAACCUUUGCUGUCAUUUUUACAAUCAAAAUAAGGCAUCAGUGUGUUUAAUCAGUAGGGAUGCAUAUCGUUAGGAUUUUAUCAACAGAUGCCGGAAGCUCGAUAAAGAAACUACCGUGAGUGGUAUCGUUUGUAUCGAAUCUUUAGGGUGCUACGGUACCAAAAAGUACCGGUCCACGGUAUGCAUCCCUAAUAAUCAGUAAACAUGUUUUUAAACAUUAUUGUUUAGUGUUUUGGCUCAACUGAACAAGAGCAACAAUUGUAAAUUACCAAUGGCCCAUGUAGUGAAAACGCUGCUGCUUGUAUUUGACUGCAUUCUACCGCGAGUGCACAUUUUACUGUCAUCAUUAAUUGAUCAUUUCUGAUCAAAUAAAACCAUCUUCAAAAUUGUA